AUGAGCAUUGAAGCUGCUAUAGUCGCUUGGGUCAACACAUUUGACUCUGUCAUUCGCAAAGCUACUUCCAUCAAGGAUCUGGCUGAUUCUGUGAUCUUUUUUGAAAUCGUCCUUGAAAUUGACCCUCAAUACUUUAAAACACGGCCGGUCGAUGCUUCAAAGGAAAACUGGAUUUUCAAAUUCAACAACCUGAAGCGGCUUCACAAGAAUGUCAUAUCGUAUUAUGAAGAAGUGCUUCACCACACUCUUCCUAAAGCGCUGGACGUCAACCUGACAAGCAUCGCAAGGGAUCAGGAUGUGGACGAGCUGGUUAAGCUGGCUCAACUUGUCCUUGCCAUGGUUGUUCAGAGUGAGUCGAACCAGAUGUAUAUCGCCAAGAUGCAGAAACUGGAUGAAGUCAGUCAGCAGCACUUGAUGCUUUUGAUUCAGCAGGUGAUGGAUAUUCUCGGAGGUGCAGAGAGCGAAAAGUACGAAGUGAAAAAUGAUUUGCAACAACGUCCAUCUCAUUUUUUCGCUCUGACUAGAACGACAGAAGCUCCUGCUGCUACUAGUACACAACAAUCUGAAGACGCACUCAAACAACUGCGAACUCAAUUUGCUGAUCUGCAAGCUAAAUACGAUGACAAGGUCGCCGAAAAUAAUGACCUCGAAUCGCGGCUACAUGAUAUGGAAGAGUCUGUAAAGAAAUUCCGUGAAGCUGGACAAUCAGAUUUCUUGCUAAGGACUGAUAUAGAAAACCUCAGGUCAGAAUUGGAGCAAGCUGAAGCAAAGAGGCGAGAUGAUGAAGCUGUUGCAGAUCAAUUGAGGGAUACUGUCAAGGAUUUGAGUCGACAGUUGGAAGAAGCGCAUAGAAAAGCAAGUGCAUUGUCAAAGUUGAAGGAUCAGGCUGAUGAACAUCGUCAUACAGUUGAAAAGCUGCAAAAGAGUGAGGCCUUGUUGGCUCAAUACAAGAAGAGACUGGAAGGGUCUGGCGAUUUACAAAAACAGCUCAAGACUCUUGAAGAAGAAAAACAGCUCGCAACAACAAAGAAUGCUCAAAUACAAGAAGAGUAUCGUAAACUGUCAUCGUCGAAAGGAGCGAUGGAAUCAUACAAGGAACAGAUGGCUGUUUUGGAACGUAAAGCGAGUGAAGCCACAUCUGAAAAGAUAAAGGCUGAACAGGCAUUGAAGGACGCUGUGCUCAAGAUUGAUAGAUUAGAGGCUUCGAGAACGGCGGAAAUGGAGCACAUACAGUCCUUAGAGGAUUCUCUGUAUAAUAUCCAAUUAGAUGGAGGUGUUGGUGGUAUGAAUGGGCUAAAGGGUGACGACGAUUCUUUACGACAGCGAAUCUCUAUGCUGGAGGCAGAAACAGAAAAGAUUGCAUCAUACAAGGCCGAAAUAGACUCUCUGAAUGCUAAAUUGGCGUCACUUGCUGGUGCCGAAGAUUCGGCUAAAAUUGCUGAGCAGAAUGCUCUGCUUCAUAAGGCACUCAAGAAGGCUAAAGAUCACAUCCUGUCACAAGAGAAACAAAUCAAAGACCUCAAAUCCACGUCAACAUCAUCAUCACAAUCACAAUCAAACUAUGCUGAAGCCCUAACGUCUUAUGAAGCCAUGCUUCACGACAAGGACAAUGAACUUGAGAGAAUACAGAAUGAGUAUAAUGAACUAUUGCAUGCUUCGAAAAGAGAGCAAAAGCUGAUUCUUUCUGCAUGGUAUGAUUUGGGAAUGCAAUUGCAACGCAAGAAUAUGGAAAAGGGACAAGGUGGUGUACCAAAUCCAACGUCUUGGUUGGCACAACAGCGUAAAUCAUUAGAUGCUUCUAUAAAAAAGGGAUUGUAA